UUUCUUUCCGACGGGACUCGUUCGAUUUUCAAACGUUCAAACGCUUAAAUUUUUUUUUUUCGAUUGUGUACUUUCGCGCGUUUUUGUGAUGCUUAUAUAUCUGUGAACACGUGGAUACUCAAACUAAAAACUUUUUUUUUCUUUUGAAACAAGAUGUUAAAUGUGUCUCGAAUACAAUAUUAUUUGUAUUUCGCUAUAAAGUAACGUUUUUGACUUUUAAAAACUUUUAACAGUAUUACUUCUUGAAGACGCCUAUUAUAGAUUAAUCCAAGAAUCUCAAUAAACAUAAUGUAUCUAAUAUACAUUUUCGCGGUAGCGCUGCUCGGCUGCAGCAGGGCAGCGAACAUCAACAAGCACAUCAAGUUACUCGACAUCGAAAACCAGAUACAAACGAAUGGUGUAAAAGUCCAUACGUCAAAACGCUUCCUAACCAUCAUCCGAAGACCGAGCGCCCACACCGCCCACCGGCCCGGUACAACGCUUGAGAUCACUUGCGAGGCGAUAGCUGCACCAGCGCCCUCUAUACACUGGUUCAAGAACGACGCCCCGGUUUAUAAGCAUGACAAAGAAUCUAACGAAAUAAUAGACACAAACCCGACUUCUCUCGCGAGGAUGUCGUCCACGCUACUCAUAUCGCGGACGGAGGAACCCGCGGAGUACACUUGCCUCGUGGUCGCCGGUCUGAACAAGGCACGAGCUUCGACUAUCGUAUACAGCACAGAUGGCAGCACCGAAAUAACGGAACGCUCUAAACUUGUACCCCUGGCGCCGAAAAUCCUAGUUUCAUAUAAAAUAAUUUUAGAUACAAUAGGUAGUAACAUCGUACUACCCUGCAGGGUGAAAGGACACCCGCGACCCAAAGUUGUGUGGUCAAAUAAAGACGGUGAAAUCAAGAAAAACAAUAAAAGAAUGAAGGUGCUCCGUUCGGGCGAGCUCGUGAUAACGUCUCUGCAGUGGGAGGACUUAGGCGAGUACUACUGUCAAGCCAGCAACACCUUCGGAAACACUCAGAUCUCGACGUACGUCUAUCCGGCUCUGCCAAAUAAAGACGGAUAGUCAACAGCAAGGAAAACCAGGUUCCUGUUUGUAGUUAAAAUAUGUAGGAGCGCUUCACACGUUCAACGAAAAACGCUGCGACACGAUUUAUAAUAAAUGAAUUACAUAUUAAA